UAUUGCCAUGGGAUAAAAUGCUGUUGGCGUGUGCCAAUUUGGACAUAUAAAAAUCCACGAUAUGGACUCAUGGCAGUACUCUGUCGGCAAACACCAAAUGCUCAACGGCAGGAAAACAUUGCAUAGUUGCAUUGUCAAAAGGUGCAUCAUCCAAAGCAGGGAAUCCUGUGUAGAUGUGUGACCAGACACCAUUGGUAUUCACUAAACCCGUAUUGGUGGGACAACAGAAAUCCGUGUUGGCCCAUGUCAUAGCCUAUAAUGUCAGAUGGAAAUAAUCCCUCUACCAGCACCUGUGAAACUGCCAUUGGUGCACCCCAAACCUGCACUGAAAGCCUUGCAAAACACUACAAAUACACUUUGGAAGUAGUUGCCCUAAUAGCCGUAUAGUUCCCACUCAAAACUUGCACACACAAUUGACUAGCCCAAGAUCACAAAAUGAAGCUAUAGAGAGUUAGCGUGUGUGAAGUGAUAGCGUUUACUGGAUCAACUUCUUUUGAUGUAAGAGACAAGCUUUUGAGAUACAGAGAGCUCUUCUUCUGGACCAGACCUGGACCAAGCUCAAAAACUUAUUUUUUAUUGAACCAGCUUCUGUUGGUGAAAGAGACAUCACCUCACCCACCUUGUCCCGCUAAUAUCCUGGGACCAACAUAGCUACAACAACACUGCAAAGUGAAACUACGGCAGAGUUGUGAAGCAACUGCAGGAGCCUUAAUUUCAGUCCCACCUGUUCUAACCACUAGAAAACAGGCUUCUCCCAGAAUUGGGAAUAGAAUCCAGUAGUCCUGCCUCCCAGCCCCCUAGACUCUACUGCCUGCACAGAAGAGGGGAUAGAAACUAGGAGUCCUGACUCCUAACCACUAGACUCCACUUCUCUCCCACAACUGGAACAGAACCCAGGAGUCCUAACUCCCAGCCCCACCCUGCUCUAACACAGGCCAAACUUGCAUUGGCACACUGUAGACCCCAUGUGCAUUGGCAGAAGUAAAAAGAUGGAUUAGCUCAUACCCAAAAGCUGGGCAUCUCUGGCAACCGUGCUACUCUAUCACCAUUGACAUGCACAGGACUCUCCCAAUGUGGCUUUUGGACACUAUUAAAAGAAUUAAAGUUGCCCCUUCAAAAUAUUAACUAGACUGGAAGAAAUGUCAUUUCCCAAAAGGACAUGGCCAAUUUCACACAUGGGUUGUCCAGAACUCCAAAAUGAGGAUUGACAGAGUUUCCCCAAAUAGCCCUUUAAAGUAUCCAGUGUCCAUUUUAGUGGCCAAAUGUGGGAUUUUGGUUGCCACCACUUUUGAAAACUGGGCCAUUUUUUUCUUCACAGAGGCAAGAGGUUUCUGAAGAAAAAUAUCCAACUGGUUAUUUUGAUGCUGCAUAAAAGUGUCAGUGUUUCCACUUCAGCUUUUAGGGUGGAAUUUAUAAAGCAGCAUAAGGAAGUUAGAUGCCUGAAUUCCAUAAUUCAAUGGGAAUUGGACACCUAACUCUCUUAGGCCCCUUUAAGAAUCCCAGUUUGUAUGUUUGUUUUGCUCUAUAGGUUUGGUGUGGUGAGUGGCAGAUUCCUUUCCACCGGGGGUAUUUGUUUUGGAGUCAACACCCUUGCUAUUGGCUCCGUUGAAAUGUCCGAGUGUGAGAACAUGUUGCUGUGCAAUUACCGCAAGUGCCGUGUCAAGCUCUCAGGCUAUGCCUGGGUCACGGCUUGCUCACACAUAUUCUGUGACCAGCACGGUAGUGGGGAAUUCAGCCGUUCACCAGCAGUCUGUCCUGCCUGCAACAGUGCCCUCUCUGGCAAGCUAGAUAUUGUCCGCACUGAGCUAAGUCCCUCUGAAGAACACAAGGCCAUGGUGUUAGCUGGACUUCGGCCAGAGACUGUGCUGGACAUCAGCUCCCGUGCACUCGCCUUCUGGACAUACCAGGUUCACCAGGAGCGCCUGUACCAGGAAUACACCUACAGCAAGGCUGAGGGACACCUGAAGCAGAUGGAGAAGGUGUACACCCAGCAGCUGCAGAGCAAGGACAUGGAACUGACCUCCAUGAAGAGCGAGGUCUCCUCCCUGAAGAAGGUGCUGGAGGAGUACAAGAAGAAGUUCAGCGAGCUCUCUGAGAAGCUCAUGGAGCGCAACCGCCAGUACCAGAAGCUCCAGGGCCUCUAUGACAGCCUCCGCCUGCGCAACAUUGCCAUAGCUAAUCAGGAGGCUGCCCACGAGCCUCCCAUAAUGCCUCAGCCUGCUGUCUUUGGCUUCCCAUUGGGUAAUGCUGCCAGGUUCCCUGGGGAUGCCACGCCGGUCCGGGGCAGGUGUGGGGAGGGAGACUUCCACUUCAAACCCUUCUUUGCCACAUCCCCACCUGCGGGUGAAUCCAGCAACAGCUUCUUCACCUUCUCCUCUCCCAGCAAUGAGCUGGAGCCACAUCCUGGAGCCAGCAGGGCCUACAAGAUGAAGAGGAUAUAGCCGUACCCCCAGAGCGUCUCCUUCCCUGAGAUCCUCAUGGAGACCCCACUCGUGCUGGUGGUGAGCAGCAAGACACAGGAACCCUGUAUCCAUCAGCUACUGUGGCCUACCACACACAGAGCAAGUGAGGCCGUUGGGGAGAGAAUGUGCAAAAGUAGCGCCUUGCCCUCUGCGGCUGCUGCUGUGGGGGUCGGACUUAUCCUGCUGUCUGCUGCCCCCACCCCCAGUGGAUCCCAGAGGCAUAAUAGCUUGGAGAGUCUUGUGGGGCCAGCAGGAUACAGGGGAUUUACAACUGGGUAUUGGGGCAAAGGAUGGGGCUUGAGAACAGGGCGAUCCUCUCUACAGAGAGGGACUGAGAUAGCUGGGGUGUGGGGCAUAGAUGGGCGAGCUCUGAAUGGGGCGAUUCCCUGUACAGCGAGGGACUGGUGCAGCCGGGUUGGAGGGUAUAGAUAGGAGCUCAGAAUGGGAUGCUUCCCCCUACAGAAGGGACAGUGAUCCCUCUUUUCUCAUUCUCUCUCCACUCAGCAUGGUCCCAUCUCACAUGGCAAUGAGCUGUACCCAGGCUCUGCCCCCUGGCAACCCAAUAAACCAUCCCAAUGGGCUGAUCCCAGGUGUGAAGAAAUCUCACUGGGACUAGGAGACCCCGAACCAAGCCCAUCAAUGCCCCCCUCCAUCCACACCUCUUCCCUGCCCUUUCUCCUUCUCCUCUCCCUUUCCACACUCCUCAUUUCUGUUUCCUUCCCCCUUGGCUGGAAUCACUGGCUCCAACCUCCGUGGUUUCACUGGUUUAUGACUUGUGGAUAUUUAAAGGCAUCUAAUGGGCGUUGUAGCAACCAAAUCUCUGAGAGCUUUGGGGAUCGGACUUCCUUAGUUGCCUUUCAGAACAGGUCUGGCCCAGUGCCUGGCUCUCCAUAUAUACAGAGCGCAGCAUAUUUAUUUUGGAAGAUUUGAUUUGUUUUAUAAUUUUAUAUGUUUAAAGGUUUUUCUUUUCUUCUCUAAUGAAUAA